UCGCGCUGCUCGCGGCGGCGUUGACUGGGCGGGAGGCUCCGCUCGCGAGGCCGGGACUUUUGACCGGGCUGGGGAUGGUGGUGGUGGUGGCGGCGAGGGCAGGAGGGUUGGGGCUGUUUCGCGACCCUCGUCGCCUGCUGUGACCCUCGUCGCCGGCUGUGGCUAAAUGGCCGCCCUCGCCCUAUCCGCCUGCUUGGAAGGGGAGCUGCUCCCGAGUUUCUCCUCAGUGCAGAAACUGGAUGGCUUCUAAUGCGAAUCUCAAGCUGCACAAAGGAAUUCUGCUGGAGGAUGGCAUGCCAGCUGCAAAGAAGCCUAGGAAACUCCUGCCAAGUUUAAAAUGCAAAAAGCCCCAGGAUCUAGUCCUAGUGAUUGGAACAGGCAUCAGUGCAGCAGUGGCUCCCCAAGUGCCAGCCUUGAAGUCUUGGAAGGGCUUAAUCCAGGCCCUGCUGGAUGCUGCGAUUGAUUUCGACCUACUAGAAGAGGAGGAGAGGAGAAAAUUUCAGAAGUGUCUUGAGGACAAUAAAAACCUCAUCCAUGUUGCUCAUGAUCUGAUCCAGAAACUGUCCCCUCGCACAAGCAAUGUCCGUUCUUCUUUCUUCAAAGACUGCUUGUAUGAGGUCUUUGAUGACCUGGAGUCCAAGAUGGAAGACACGGGGAAGCGGCUCCUGAGGUCAGUUCUUCACCUGAUGGAAGACGGCGCCCUUGUUCUGACCACCAACUUCGAUAACUUGCUGGAAAUUUAUGCAGCUGAUCAAGGGAAGCAGCUUGAAUCUCUUGACCUCACUGAUGAGAAAAAGGUCCUUGAGUGGGCACAGGAGAAGAGGAAGCUGAGUGUUCUUCAUAUCCAUGGAGUCUACACAAAUCCCAGCGGAAUAGUGCUUCAUCCUGCUGGUUACCAGAACGUCCUACGCAACGUGGAAGUUAUGCGGGAGAUCCAGAAGUUGUACGAAGCCAAAUCUUUCCUGUUCUUAGGCUGUGGUUGGACUGUGGAUGAUACAACCUUCCAAGCCCUCUUCCUUGAAGCUGUGAAACACAAGUCAGAUCUGGAGCAUUUUAUGCUUGUGCGUCGUGGAGAUGUGGAUGAAUUUAAGAAGCUCCGAGAGAACAUGCUUGACAAAGGGAUUAAGGUCAUCUCCUAUGGGGAGGAAUACUCGGACUUGCCAGAAUAUUUUGAGAGACUGACAAAUGAGAUCUCCAACUUGAAUCAAGCAGGUUCACGACAGGGGGGACAACUGAAUGGCACAAAUACUGUGCGCAUUGAAAACAAAGAGAUUGGACCAACUGGAUGAGACCUACAGGACACAUUGAUAUUGUUCCUGAUUAAUUAACACAGAAAAACACUCCUGAUCGUUUAAUAGACCCUGAUGCUGAGGAACAGGAAGUACAUUCCACGACGUUUUCCCAGUUCUGUUCAUUACAAGAUCCCCUUGUGGAAAAAAUAAGUAGCCUGUUUAAGCAUUGAGAAUCCUUAGGGGACGAGAGGUAUCACUUCUGUUGAGAUGCAUGGAGGAUCUGUAUUUCAUUUACAGACUGGUCCUCUCACCCAUCCCGCUUACAAGAGAGAGUUUCUCAAAAGCUGCCGUUAAGUUACCACUCCGUAAACCUGGGGUUCUACUAGAAGUAUGUAUGGUUGAGAUAAUUGGUGGUUUGCCAUAUGGUGGUAAACUCGAACCUGUGCCUUUUCAGUCUUCUGGGAGCUAGAAGUUAAUCCUGUUCGCCAUUUUGUGUGGUUCCCAGCCAGCCUUUUUUAUAUGAUUCUCCAUAUUCUUAGAAUGUCUCCCCCAUCAGUAAGGACAGACAACAACUGAAGAUACUCGUGGAGUAACUGAGAACACUUGGCAUGUUGCCAGAGCAAGUGGCAUGCAGGUCCUGUAGUUAUAUGACUGCAUGGCUGGCUGAGGAAUUCUGGGAAUUGAAGUCCACACAACUUAAUGUUGCUAAAGUGGGGAUACAAGGUAGUAGAUUAAGCCAUUAUAUCUCCUUCCAAGAGAGAAGAUUUUCCUAGAGAUGAAGACGUGUUUAUUCAAUCUGAUCUCAUUUUCUAUUUAGGUUUUGUGUUAAAAAAAAAUCCUGUCAAAAUUGAGUUUAUUACCUCUACUUUGAUAUUCUGUAAAAAUUUAGACUGAGCCACAUGAACAUUUAAAAAAAAAGUGAAGGUCUAAUUUUCUAAAUCUUUUAUACUUUGUAUAAAUUUGAACCUGGGAUUUUUAAAAACGUUCAUCUGUCUCUGAUUUACAUGAGCUGUGUGUAAAUUAUGGCUGCUAAUCGUGAUGAUAAUCAGCCUAAUGUGCAUACAGUACUUUUGGUUGACUAACUCAUGGUUUACAUAGCUACCCAAAUUCUGGGUUGGCACAAUAGUGUACUAAAAUAAUAGUUGACUAAUUUGUGGUUUAACUGUUCGAUGACUGCUGGUCUGAAGCUAGCUCAGCUAGACUUAUUUAACUAUGUUUUGUCUCCUUUUUUAUAUCACUAAAUUGUGAUCUUUUAAAGCUAUUGUUUACUGAUCAAUCUAACCUGAUAGUUUGUAUAUGACACUAAGCCAAAAAUAAAUCAAAUGAAGGGUUGGUGCUUGUGUGUUAAUUUGGUCUUUAAUAGACAAAGUGGCAAAGCAACUGGAUAGUUUUUGGGUUUUUGUUACCUGUCUAGUGAGCAAGUGGUAGGACAGGGAAUGUAGUCCUUAUUCCUGCUUAUUCAGAUCAAACUACAGGCUUAAAGUAACGUUGGGAUGUAUCCAUUCUCAACAACAGCUUCAUGAGUCUUGCUGCUGCAAAGUUGGAGGCCCUCCUAAAAUCCUACAGAUGGGGCUAGCAAGAAUAGAACAGAAAGUGAGGAAUCUGCACACCUAGAAAACCUGUUGAUCACACAUGAUCUUAGAGAAGCCAGCUUUUCAAAUUCAGGAAGACAAAGAAAAGGUUUUAGAAAUUUUAUAUAAAUUUUCAGCAGGCAGCAUUCAACUUAUUGCACUAGAGCACAUCUGCAAUGCCGAGCUACCAAGGCGUCUUUGUAGAGACAAUGGUGUUAUUCAACAUAGCACUUUAUUAUCAGGAUCAAGAGGCACUCUGAAAGGAGGAGGAAAGGGAGGAACGCAGCAGGCAGCCACCAGGAUUAUCCCUAGUGGAAGAAGGGGACAAAGAAGCAGACAGGCUGGUUUGGAAAGCAAAAACCAGUGCAGAUGGGAUAGCAUGCAGUGGCCCCUGCUGGCUGGUUGUGUAUCCCUCCCCCUUGACAGGAGAGGCAGUGACUUCCAGAGCGCCACUUCUUUAUGGCAGAGAGAAAUCUUAAACCCACUUCUUAGGCCAGAAGCUCAUCUGCCAAAAUUAAAAUCCACACAGACUUAUUUUUCCCCUUUAGGGGAAGGACCCUGUUGGCCGGGGAAGGGGCCAGAUAAAGGAACUGUCCUUAGAGAAUCUUCAGGGACACAACCAUCUGCUUCUCUGAUGUUGUUUGAAGAUGGUGUGCAAAGAUACACGCAGGGUCGUCAUAGACAAUUCAGACAAACUUAAUGCAUAAGGGGUUGAUGAGAUGACUUUGAGAAGGAAUCGGCAGCCCUCACAUUCAUACUUCCUCCUCUG